GAAGAAGUACAAAAUGUCCUUAAUGCUAUGCAGAAAAUCUUAGAGUGUCCAAUCUGUCUGGAGUUAAUCAAAGAGCCUGUUUCCACAAAAUGUGACCAUAUAUUUUGCAAAUUUUGUAUGCUGAAACUUCUCAACCAGAGGAAAGGGCCUUCACAGUGUCCUUUGUGUAAGAAUGAUAUAACCAAAAGAAGCCUACAAGAAAGUACAAGAUUCAGUCAACUUGUUGAAGAGCUGUUGAAAAUCAUUCAUGCUUUUGAACUUGACACAGGAUUACAGUUUGCAAAUAGUUACCAAUUUUCAAAAAAGGAAAACAACUCUCCUGAGCAUGUAAAGGAGGACGUUUCUAUCAUCCAAAGUACGGGCUACCGAAAUCGUGCCAGAAGACUGCGACAAAGUGGAACUGAAAAUCCUGCAUUGCAGGAAACCAGUUGUAAUGUGCAGCUCUCUAACUUUGGAAUUGUAACAUCUCUGAGGACGAAGCAGCAAAAGCAGCUGCACAAUAAGUCUGUCUACAUUGAAUUGGGAUCUGAUUCUUCUGAAGAGACCGUUAAUAAAGCAAGUUACUACAGUGUGGUAGACCAAGGCUUGUUACAAAUCAACCCACAAGGAGACAGCGCUGAAGCAAGUUUGGAUCCUGCAAAGAAGACUACUUGUGAGUUGUCUGAGGACCUAACAAAUGUUGAAUAUCAUCAAUCCAGUAAUAAAGACUUGAAUACCAUUAAGAAGCAUGCAACUGAGAGGCAUCCAGAAAAGUAUCAGGGUAUUUCUGUUUCAAACUUGCAUGUGGAGCUAUGUGGCACAAAUACUCAUGCCAGCUCAUUACAGCAUGAGAACAGCAGUUUAUUACUCACUAAAGACAGAAUGAAUGUAGAAAAGGCUGAAUUCUGUAAUAAAAACAAACAGCCUGGCUUAGCGAGGAGCCAGCAGAACAGAUGGGCUGGAAGUAAGGCAGUGUGCAAUGACAAGCAGACUUCUAACACACAGACAGAGGUGUAUAGGAGUGCUGGUCCCAUGUACAGGAGAAAAGAAGUAAAUAAGCUGAAAUCUCCAUGGUCUGAGAGUCCUGGAGCUACCCAAGAGAUUCCUUGGAUAACACUGAAUAGUAGCAUUCGGAAAGUUAAUGAGUGGUUUUCCAGAAGUGAUGGCCUGGAUGAGUCACAUGAUGAAGGGUCUGAAUCAAAUGCAGAAGUUGCUUGUAAAUUCGAAUUUCCCAACGAAGUACAAGGAUAUUCUAGUUCUUCAGAGAAAAUAGACUUAAUGGCCAAUGAUCCUCAUGAUGCUUUAAUAUGUGAAAAUGAAAGAGUCGUCUCCAAACCAGCAGUAAGUAACAUUGAAGAUAAAAUUUUUGGGAAAACCUAUCGGAGGAAGACAAGUCACCCUAACUUGAGCCAUAUAACUGAAGACCUAAUGAUAGGAGCUGUUGCUACAGAAGCUCAGAUGGCACAAGAACGUCCUGUUACAAAUAAAUUAAAGCGCAAAAGGAGAACCUCAGGCCUUCAUCCUGAGGAUUUUAUCAAGAAAGCAGGCUUGGAAGUUGUUCAAAACACUCCUGAAAAGAUAAAUCAGGAAACUAACCAAAUGGAGCAGAAUGAUCAAGUGAAGAAUAUUGUUGAUGGUGGUCAUGAAAAUGAUACAAAAAGUGAUUAUGUUCAGAAAGAUAAGAGUGCUAACCCAGCCAAAUCAUUCACAAAAGAGUCUGCUUUCAGAACUAAAGCGGAACCUAUAAGCAGUAGUAUAAGCAAUAUGGAACUGGAAUUAAACAUGUACAAUUCUAAAGCACUGAGGAAGAAUAGGUUGAGGAGGAAGUCCUCUUCCAGGCAUAUUCACACACUUGAACUUGUAGUCAAUAGAAAUCCAAGUCCACCUACUUACACUGAACUACAGAUUGAUAGUUGGCCUAGCAGUGAAGAGAUAAAGGAAACAAGUUCUGAACAAAAGCCAACCAGACACAGCAGAAACCUUCACCUCAUGAAAGAACAAGAAACCACAACUGGAACCAAGGACAAUAAUAAGCCAAAUGAACAAAUAAGUAAAAGCCAUGCCACUGACAGUUUGUCAGAACUAAACAUAACAAAUAGAACUGACUUUAUUACUAACUGCCCACAUUCUGAUAAUCUUCAAGAAUUUGUCAAUCCUAGCCUUCAAGGAGAGGAAAGGGAAGAGAAAUCAGAAACAAUGCAAGUAUAUGAUAACACCAAAGACCCUGAGGAUCAGGUGUUAAGUAGAAGAAGGGAUUUGCAAAUGGAAGGAUCUGUUGAGAGUACCAGUGUUUCAGUGAUACCUGAUACUGAUCAUGGCACUCAGGACCACACCUCAUUACUGGAAGCUGGCACCCUCAGGAAGGCAGAAACAGCACCAAAUCAAUGUACAAGUCAGUGUGAAGCAAUUGAAAAUCCCAACCAACUUAUCCAUGGUUGUCCUAGAAAUGACACAGAGGGCUUUAAGGAUCUAUUGAAACAUGAAGUUAAACACAAUCAGGAGACAUGCAUAGAAAUGGAAGAGAGUGAACUUGAUAUUCAGUAUUUACAGAAUACAUUCAAGGUUUCAAAGCGUCGAUCAUUUGCUCUGUUUUCAAAUCCAGAAAAGGAAUGUGCAACAGUUAGUGCCUACUCUAGGUCCUUCAGGAAACAAAGUCCAAAAGCCACUCUUGAAUGUGGCAAAAAAGAAGAAAAUCAGGGGCACAAAGAGUCUAAAAUCAAGCAUGUACAGGCAAUUCUUACAAGUGUGGGCUAUCCUGGACUCUGUCAGAAAGAGAAGUCAAGUGAUUAUACCAAAGGUAGCAUUCAAGGGGCCUCUAGGCUUCGUCAGUCAUCUCAGUUCAGUGGCAAUGAAUCUGAACAAAUUACUGCAAGCCCAGAUCAAACACCAUUGCUUUCUAAAUGUAAGAAAAACCUGUCUGAAGAAAGAUUUGAGGAACAUGCAGUAUCACUUGAAAAAGCAGUGGGAAAUGAGAGCAUCAUUCAAAGCACAGUGAGCCAAAAUCACAUUAGGGAAAGGGCUUUUAAGGAAACCAGCUCAAGUAGUACUAAUGAAGUAGGUUCUAGUAGCGAAAACAUCCAAGCAGAGGUAGGUAGGAACAGAGGACCUAAGUUAAAUGCUAUGCUCAGAUUAGGUUUUAUGCAACCUGAAGUCUAUAAACAAAAUCUUACUCUAAGUAAUUGUAAACAUCCUGAAAUAACAAAGCAGGGAGACAGUGAAGGAGUAGUUCAAGCUGCUCAUCCAGAUUUCUCUCCAUGUCUAAUUUCAGAUAACCUAGAACCACCUAUGGGGAGUAGUCAUGCCUCUCAGAUUUGUUCUGAGACACCUGAUGACCUGUUAGAUGAUGAUGAAAUCAAAGAAAAUAUCAGCUUUGCUGAAAGUGGCAUUAAUGAAAAAUCUGCUGUUUUUAGUAAAGAUGACCAGAGAGGACAAUUCAGAAGGAACCUAAGCCCUUUAUCCCAUUUAGAUUUGACUCAGAGUCACUUAAGAGAUACCAGAGAAUUAGAGUCCUCAGAAGAGAACCUCUCUAGUGAGGAUGAAGAGCUCCCCUGCUUCCAACAUUUAUUAUUUGGUAAAGUAACCAAUGUAUUUUCUCAAUCCACCACACAUAAUGCUGAUGCCGUAGAUUGUCUGUCUAAGAACACCGAAGAGAACCUAGGAUCAGUACAGAAUAGCAUAAAUGGCUACAGUAACCAGGUAACAUUGGUAAAGACAUCCCAAGAACAUCAUUUUAGUGAGGAUACAGGAUGUUCUGGUAGCCUAUUUUCUUCACAGUGCAGUGCAUUGGAAGAUUUGCCUACAAAUACAAACACCCAGGGUCUUACAAAUACAAACACCCCAGGUCCCUUUUUAGUGUUUGGUACUCCUUCCAAACACGUGAGUCAUCAGUCUGAAAACCAGGAAGUUGCUCUGAGUGACAAGGAAUUGGUUUCAGAUGAUUACGAAAGGGAAACUGGCCUUGAAGAGGAUAAUCACCAAGAUGACCAGAGUGUGGAUUCAAACUUAGGUGAAAUAGCAUCCGGGUAUGAGAAUGAAUCAAGCCUCUCUGAAGUUGGCUCAGGGCUGUCCUCUCAGAGUGAUAUUAUAACCACUCAGCAGAGGGAUACCAUACAAGAUAACCUGAUAAAGCUCCAGCAGGAAAUGGCUGAACUGGAGGCUGUGUUAGAGCAACAUGGAAGCCAGCCUUCCAACAGCUCCCCUUCCCUUCUCACAGGCUCUCAUGCCCCCAAGGACCUGUUAAAUAUGGAACAGAACACAUCAGAAAGAGGAUCCAUGCUAACUUCAGAGAAAAGUGAAGAACAGCCUAUAAGUAAGAAUCCAGAAAGCCUUUCUGCUAAUAAGUUCCCAGUAUCUCCAGAUGGUUCCACCAGUCCAAAUAAAGAACCAGCAAUGGAAAGGUCUUCAAAAUUCCUGGUAGAAAACAGGUGCAAUGUGCGCAGCCAUUCAAGAAGUCUUCAGAAUGGAAACUGCCAGUCUCAGGAGGCGCUUGUUAAAACUGUGGAUGUGGAGGAGCAACAGCUGGAAAAGCCUGAGGCAUGUGGUUUCGUUGAGCAGUCUUAUUUGCCAAGGCAAGAUCUAGAGAGGACCCCUUGUCUAGAAUCUGGAGUCAGCCUCUUCUCUGAUAAUCCUGAAUCUGAUCCAUCUGAAGACAGAGCCCCAGACCCGACUGAUGUUUGCAGCAUGCCAAGUUCAUCGUCUGCAUUGAAGUUACCCCAGUUGCAAGUUGUAGAAUCUGCCAACAGUUCAGCAGAUACUCAUACUACAAAUCCUGCUAGGAACGAUGUGAGGGAAGAAAGCGUGAGCAGGAAGAAGCCAGGAGCGCUAUCUUCGACAGAAAUGGUCAACAAAAGAAUAUCCAUGGUGGCAUCAGGCUUGACUCAAAAAGAAUUUAUGCUUGUGCACAAGUUUGCCAGAAAACACCACUGCACUUUAACUAAUCAAAUUACUGAAGAGACUACUCAUGUUAUUAUGAAAACAGACACUGAGUUUGUGUGUGAACGGACAUUGAAGUAUUUUCUGGGAAUUGCUGGAGGGAAAUGGGUAGUUAGCUAUUUCUGGGUGACCCAGUCUCUUAAAGAAAAAAAGCUGCUAGAUGAGUGUGAUUUUGAAGUCAGAGGAGAUGUUGUCAAUGGAAGAAACCACCAAGGUCCAAAGCGAGCAAGAGAACUCCAGGACGGAAAGAUCUUUGAGGGUCUAGAAAUCUGUUGCUAUGGACCUUUUACCAACAUGCCUACAGAUCACUUGGAAUGGAUGCUACAGCUGUGCGGGGCUUCUGUUGUGAAAGAGCUAUCAUCGUCCUCUCUCCGCACGGUUACUCACCCGAUUGUGGUCGUGCAGCCAGAUGCCUGGGCAGAGGAUGGUGGCUUUCAUGCAAUUGGACAGCUGAGUGGUGCACCUGUGGUGACCCGAGAGUGGGUAUUGGACAGUGUCGCUCUUUACCAACGCCAGGAGCUGGACACCUACCUGAUCCCCCAGAUCCCCCAUGGCUACUACUGAUUCCAGCCAGGCCCUGGGA